UUGCACCCCUCUCUCUCACAAGCAUAUUUGAAUUUAUGUUUCUCAAGUUCUUAGCCUCAAUUGAUGUAUUCAAUUUUUUUCAGGGUUCUGAACGCAAAUGUUCUUCUGUCAACCUAUUGGAUUCCACCGUCGAUAAAUUUAUGUUGCAAUUUUGCUGAUGAUCUUCACCGGAGAAACGAGCAAGACGACGAUUUCGAUAGGGAGGGAAAACAGAACAAAAAUUUAUUGGACUUAAGGAUGAAGAUAAUUAAAGUGGCCAAUAGAGGAAAAUUAUUUUUGUUUCUGGAUUUCACUUUGUUGUUUUUUUCAGCCAAAAACUUCAAGAUGAAUGCAGUUCUUGGACAGAUUGCUUCUACAACACAAGAGUUGGCUCAUUUCAUACAUUUUGGAAAAUUAUUCCAUAUAGCUCGAAAAAGAUCUUGCAAAAGCAUAAACAAAGCAUGGGUCUCGACCUGUUGGCAAAAUUGACAACCGACAUCCAGUUCAAAUCCUCGGUCCUAAAUCUAGAAUGUGAAUUUUUGCCAUAAGUAUGUUUCUUCCUCUUUCUCUUUAAUGGUUAAAUCUAUUUUGAAAAUGCUAUGUCAUUUCCGGGUUGGUUUUUGGCAUAAUUUCGGGUUUUUGUUUCUUUGUUGGGACUGUACGAAUUAUUUUUGCUUUUGUUUUAGAUUUCUCUGUUUACUUUUGGUAUGUAUAUUCUCUUUCUACAAACUGGUUUUUAUUCCUCUAUUAGUUCAGUUUUUAAAUGUGAAGCUCUUUCGAUGAAUAGUUGUCGGGGUUUGGACGAGAAGGCAAAAAACAACACAUGACUUCCAUGGUCCAUAAUCUAUAGUAAGAAAACAAAUGAAUAUUGAUUACACGGUCAUAAACAUGGAUCGGUGGAUGUGCUUCUAUAGAUUAUGCAAUGAGGAACUUGCUUGGCCUUUGAUUCUAGACAGAGUGGCCGAGGUUUCAUUGCCAUGUCUUUUUUUUUUCUCAGUUCUUUGAUGUAACUUAAUUAAUUUAGGUUCUUAUUUCUUCAAUGUUAGAAGAAUGUAAUUGGGACAAAAACAUGGACUGACAUUUCUAUUUCUUAUGGGAAUUGACAUGA